AAUCGGUCACAUGGAUCCGUAGUGAGUCGCGGCGGAGUGUGAGCCUUUUGACAGAUGCUUUCUUUUAUCUGGUUUCCAUGCAACAUUCAUGCUGCUACUUGAACCAAUCACUUCUCUCGCUGCGCGAAAUAGACGCUUCCGCUGACUAUCACGAGGCUUGCGCCCUGAGCACUUGGCACCAACCUUCAUGCGAGUGAUUGGAUCUCCUUUUUCAUUGUUGUUUGAUGGCAGCAUUUGAGGAAGAGGUGAGGUAUUCAACUCCAGAGCGAGAUUCGGACGCCUUAUAACCCGUAAGACGACAAUUGGGAGAAGAUGCCAACCGCAAGGUGCUGAAGACAAGUCUAUGGAAUACUGACAAGAGGUGUUCGUGGAUCGCAGCGAGACUAUGUUUUUCAGCUUCGGAAUUGUGCUGGUAUUACAUCUGUGCCACUUCGUCACAGUGAGUGGACAUUCAGGAGACCAUGCAGAAGAUCGCCAAACCUCCACCUCCACUUACACCGGCCCUACAUUCAACCCUACUGAAGCUUUGAACUACGCCAGUACAGGAAGCCUCGAUUAUCAUCUCUCCACCACCACUGCUACAGCUUCCGUGAUUCUGGACCUCCCUAGUUCAACUAUCUCCUCCCAGUCUACUACUACCACGCCAAGUACAAAAACAAGUGAGACCACGUCGCAGGGAAAUCCCCCUCCAUCUCAGACCUCCGAAUCUAUCGUUACGGUUAGCAAAACCGCCGCUGCGCAUGUCAGGUACGCGUGUGGGUCUAUGUGUGGAGGGUAUGCGAUGGGCGUUGCUGGAUUAAUCGGGGGACUUGCGUUAGUUUGAGCAGGGUAUUUAGCUAUCAUCGAAAAUGGGAUGAAGGACAACCUGUGCGGAAUGUACUGUAUAAUGGAAAGUCCUGCACGAUACCUGGGUGUUCGGAGUACAAGUACACAGCAAAAUGUUUGCGCAUCUCUGAGCAAUUGCAGCUUGACCCUAACUCUAUGAAUCCGCCGGCCAACGUAUUCUGGAG